AGCUGGCCGGAGGUGAGCACAGCACACAGAGCGAUGGGGCACAAGAGCUUGUCCCUUGGCUGCAUCCUGGCUGCCAUCUUGGUUCUGCAGAUGGCAACCACAGAGCGCCCCUCAUGGACGCUGCCCGACAAAGCGCAGGUGUUUGCGGACCUGAGUGCCCAGGAGAUAAAGCAGGUGCACAGCUUCCUCCAGUCCCAGCCGGAGCUGCAGCUGCAGCCCUCAAGGACACCGACCAUGGCCAAGAACUCGGUGUUUCUCAUCGAGAUGCUACUGCCCAAGAAGCAGCAUGUGCUGAGAUUUCUGGGCACAGGAGGGAGGCCUCCUGUGCGGGAAGCUCGGACCAUCAUUUUCUUUGGGGCCCAGGAGCACCCCAAUAUCACUGAGUUUGUUGUGGGGCCCCUUCCACAGCCCUCCUACAUUCGACCACUGUCCCCAAGGCCAAGGCACCAGCCAUCCUGGUCUUCCAGGCCCAUCACUGGAGUAGAAUACACCUUCCUCUUUAACACCCUGAAGGAGGCCACCAAGCCCCUGCAUCAGUUUUUUCUAGAUACCACAGGCUUCUCAUUGCAAGACUCUGGUGACCAGUGCUUGACCUUCACCGAUGUGGCCCCUCGGGGCCUGGCCUCUGGCCAGCGCCGCAGCUGGAUUAUUGUACAGCGCAAUGUAGAAGGCUAUUUCUUGCACCCCACUGGGCUGGAGCUCCUGGUGGACCAUGGGAGCAUAGAUGUCCAGCACUGGAAGGUGGAGCAGGUCUGGUACAAUGGGAAGUUCUACCAGAGCCCGGAAGAGCUGGCUCAGAAGUACGCAAAUGGAGAAGUGGACACUGUGACCCUCGAGGGACCACUGCACAAGGGCCAGGGGACUGAGAGGCCAGAGGAUCCACCCUUGUUUUCCUCCUACAAGCCCCGAGGGAAUUUCCCAACUCCCAGCCACAUGGGGGGCCCCCGCCUUGUGCAGCCUCAUGGCCCUCGCUACAAGCUGGAGGGCAACACUGUGUUCUAUGGGGGUUGGAGCUUCGCCUUCCGGCUGCGCUCUUCCUCCGGGUUGCAGGUCCUGAAUGUGCACUUCGGGGAUCAGCGCAUCGCUUAUGAGGUCAGUGUGCAAGAAGCCGUGGCGCUGUAUGGAGGUCACACGCCUGCCGGCAUGCAGACCAAGUACAUGGAUGUGGGCUGGGGCCUGGGCAGUGUCUCUUACGAGUUAGCCCCUGGCAUCGACUGCCCGGAGACGGCCACCUUCCUGGACACCUUCCACUAUUAUGAUGUCGAUGACCCUGUCCUCUAUCGCCGAGCCCUCUGCCUCUUUGAGAUGCCCACCGGGGUGCCACUUCGACGGCACUUUGACUCCAACUCUAAUGGAGGCUUCAACUUCUAUGCGGGGCUGAAGGGUCAGGUGCUAGUGCUACGGACAACCUCAACAGUCUACAAUUAUGAUUACAUUUGGGACUUCAUCUUCUAUCCGAACGGGGUGAUGGAAGCCAAAAUGCAUGCCACGGGCUAUGUCCACGCCACCUUCUACACCCCCGAGGGGAAGCACCACGGCACUCGCCUGCACACUCACCUGCUCGGGAACAUACACACCCACUUGAUACAUUACCGUGUCGACCUGGACGUGGCAGGGACCAAGAAUAGUUUCCAGACGCUUGAGAUGAAGCUAGAAAACAUCACCAACCCCUGGAGCCCAAGACACCACCUGGUCCAGCCUACCCUCAAGCAGACUCAGUACCCUUGGGAGCGCCAGGCAGCCUUCCACUUUGGGCAGACUCUGCCCAAGUACCUGCUCUUCACCAGCCCUGAGAAGAACCUCUGGGGUCACGAGCGCAGCUAUCGCCUGCAGAUCCACUCCAUGACCGGGCAGGUGCUGCCCUCAGGCUUGCCAGAGGAGCGGGGCAUCACUUGGGCCAGGUACCCUUUGGCAGUGACCAAGUACCGGGAGUCAGAGCUGUGCAGCAGCAGCAUCUACAACCAGAAUGACCCUUGGGACCCCCCUGUGGUCUUCCAGGAGUUUCUUCGCAACAAUGAGAGCAUUAAGAACGAGGACUUGGUGGCCUGGGUGACAGUGGGCUUUUUACACAUCCCCCACUCGGAGGACAUCCCCAACACAGCCACACCCGGGAACUCCGUGGGCUUCUUGCUCCGGCCCUUCAACUUCUUCACAGAGGACCCAUCCCUGGCAUCCAGAGACACCAUGAUCGUGUGGCCCCAGGACAAGGGUCCCAACUACAUCCAGCGCUGGAUCCCUGAGGACACAGACUGCUUGAGGCCUCCACCUUUCACCUACAAUGGCACCUACAGGCCUGUGUGAGGGGCCCAGCCCCA